AUGUCUAAAAGAAACAGAGAAAUUGAAACAUCUCAAUUAAAUGAGCAACUGAUUGCCUUAGUUCGAGAUAAACCAGUAUUAUAUGUCAACACAAAGAAACGCGAAACCAAAAGGAAAGAUGAUUGGGAAUACAUUUCAAAAGUUUUAAGCGAUAAUGGAUUCAAGAAAAUGACUGGUGAGGAGAAACCGCAACUCGAUGAAUCGGCAUGCACUGCAAUAUUCAUCAAAGAAAAAGAGUCUGUAGUUAAGAAGACACUGCCACCAAGUGGUGAAUCAAAUAACACUGCAGUGUCAAAAACUGAAGAGCCUACAUUACUCCUUGAUGAAAUUUCAUAUAAUAAUGAAAUUUUAUCCACUUGGAUAUCGGGAUGCCAUUCGGAAAAUAGGGAUUCAGUCAAGUUAUUGCUGGAAGCAGAAGCAAAUCAAAUAAAUUAUUUGAAUCAAUCUUUAAAGCAGGAUACCUCAAUAAAUUUGAAUUCCACGAAUGAAGCAAUUCUCGUUGGGAUAGCUGUGUACAAUGCGUCAAACUUCCAACAAUCCGAUAUCAACAAAGAUAUGGAAUUCAUUUUAAAUGACGAUAAGAACCGAACUUCUCAGAAGACUGAUACUCCAUUUGUCACUUCAUGGCAUAAGGACUCAAUUAUUACUGCCAAUGUAAAUACAAUAGAUGCAGAAUUGGAAUAUUUGAAUCCAAGUUUUGCUACACCAGUCAAUCCUCUUCCUCCAGAUGAAUUACUACAUUUUGAUGAAUUUGACAACGAUGAACAUCAUUCAGGUGAUAAAUUUAUUUAUCAUUGCAUGAGACAUUCCACGCUAAAUGAAGAACUAUCUUUUGAAGAAAGAUUGCAAGAAGUUGGAUUCAUUGUGAAAAAAAUGGGUGGUGACGGAGCUUGUCUAUUCAGAUCUGUGGCCGAUCAAGUGUAUGGAAACGAAGAAAUGCAUGUAAACGUUAGAAAAGAUUGCAUGGAUUAUAUCGAAUCGAAACAAGAAAGAUUUUCUGCUUAUAUUGCCGAAGAUUUCAUCACUUACAUAAAUAGAAAACGGCAAAACCACGUGUUCGGAAAUCACGUAGAAAUACAAGCCAUCUCCGAAAUGUAUAAUAGAACUGUCAAGCUGUUUCGAUAUAGUACAGAGCCCAGCAAUGUUUUUAAUGAAUUGUCCGAAACGAACAAGGAGCCUAUACGAAUAUCCUAUCACCGAAAUAAUCACUACAAUAGUAUUGUUAAAGUGUAUGAUGCUACAACAGAAUUUGCACCAACUACAAAUUCUCUGCAAGAUUCUACAAAGGUUCGACGGUUCGAAGUCUAUCUACGGGUUCGACGGUUCGAAGUCUAUCUACGGGUUCGACGGUUCGAAGUCGCUCUACGGCUCUCAUUCUUACUUGAACGGCCAAGUGUAGCUCACGCCGGAAAGACGGCCAAGACAGCUCUCGCUUCUGAACUCCCUUUUUCCUUUCGUGAGGAGAUUCGCGAGGGAGACCGAACCGAACAACUCAGAUUCCAUUACGCAAGAAUCACGGCACGUAGAAUGGAGUGGGAGACUUCGCAAGCGGGUUCUUCUAAAAGAUGUAGAAUAUCAGGUUUGAAUGAUGAGAAUGAGAGUGAGAAUGAAAGUAUCUUGAAAGAGGAAAGUGCACAAGUUAGUUAUGAUAACAAUGGUCAGAGUGAGAAUGUAGUUGAUGAAUCUGGGAUUGAACAGAAUCAGAGAGAGGAUGAAAGUAUGUUGAUUGAAGAAAAUGCUCAAGUUAGUUAUGAUAACAAUGGUGAGAGUGAGAAUGUAGUUGAUGAAUCUGAUGGUGUCGAAUCACAAAACGGAGUAUCGGGUAGUGAAGAAAAUGAGAGAGAGGAUGAAAGUAUAUUGAAUGAAGAAAAUUCGCAAGUUUGUAAUGAUAACAAUGGUGAGAGUGAGAAUGUAGUUGAUGAAUCUGAUGGUGUUGAAUCUGGGAGUGAACAGAAUCAGAGAGAGGAUGAAAGUAUGUUGAUUGAAGAAAAUGCUCAAGUUAGUGACGAUAGCAAUGUUGAGAGUGAGAAUGCAGUUGAUGAAUCUGAUGGUAUGGAAUCACAAAAUGGACUAUCUGGCAGCGAAGAAGCUGUACUACAAAUUCCGAGAUUCAAUCUCCCUAGUAGUGACGAAGAAGGAAACGAAGAGGAAGAAACAGAAAAUGAGGAAAAUGGGGACCACGAAGAAGGAAACGAAGUAGAAGAUGAAGAAACAGAAGAUGACGAAAAUGGGGACCAGGAAGAAGGAAGAAACAAUGAUGAUGAAGAUGUAGAAGAUGAAGAAACAGAAGAUGACGAAAAUGGGGACCACGAAGAAGGAAGAAACAAUGAUGAUGAAGAUGUAGAAGAUGAUGAAAGCGAAGAAAUGAAUUCCGAAAGUGAUCCAGAAGAAGAAGAAUUUCUACAGCAUCCAGUAUUUCAAGGAUUCGGUGGAUUAAAUGGGUUGCAUGCUCCAUUAAGAAGUAAUGGAGAAUUAACUGCAAUUGAUCACAUCCUUAUGGAAUUGACACACACUGUAAGAUACAAUAACACCUAUGAUCAACUUAUACGGAGGCUUAGAAUAUUAAAGAAGACCUAUGUAAAUAUAAACGUACCUACAACGAAGGAAGGAUUAUGGAAGAUGCUAGGAAGAGACGACUCAAAUUUAUUAUAUCAAUUAUAUUGUGAAAGGUGCCAUGAGCUUGUCGGAAAUGGAAAGAAUGUUGAGAGAGAAUGUGGUUGCGAAGCGUGCGGUCCGAAUAAAGAUUAA